AUGAAUCGAGAUACUUUUCAUACAUUUUUCAACCUCCCCGACGAUAUAAGAGACGAGGUUUACCUUCUUGCGACACCUCCACGUAUCGUCAGAGUCGAGGAGAGCCCUCAGGUCUCUUCCCCUGAUGUGCUCGCAUUUCUAUACCAGCUCCAAUUCACGGGCAAACGACCUUUUAUACAUCCUUCUCUGGCAUACUUUGCUCCUUACUGGCGCCCUUACGUCUUGGGGCUACCAGGAUGGAAUCCGCAGAUCCUGGAACCCCAUGAGCCAAUCAGCCAGUCGCCUGCUCAGCCUGAUCCAUGGAAGCCAUCCCAAAGUUGCCCCCGCCUCGAUCCCGUCUGGCUUGCUCAUCGACCUGAGCUUGCAUGGAAUCUAUGUCGAAGCUCGAGCCUCUACUCCAAAGCUCCAAUACCGCCUCUGCUGCACACGUGCCGCGACUCUCGAAACCGCUUGAGACGACUCGGGUACGAACUCGCUUUCCCAACUCGCACCUCAGAAGCCCGGACUUGGUUUAACUUUCGACGCGAUACGCUUUUUCUCAGAGAUCCCGAUAUAAUUCAAUUCCAGAGGUAUAAAAUUGACGCCCAAGGCCGCUACUUCGACGAUAUGCUGUUAGCCCUCCCAUACAACCUGACCCAGUUUAUGCCUUUGGAUCUACUCAGCGUCCGACGACUUGUCCUUCCUUUCGACCGAGUACUCGAUAUGGUGGACCCUUCUUCCCCCGACCUGUUGAUAAAAAUAAUGGGGACUCUGCGUGUCAUGCCUCACCUUGAACAACUGUUCAUAGCCAAUGGCAUCUUUGGUCCUGUUGCCGGAACACAACCCUUGGAAUGGAUCGACUGCGACGCUGCGGAUUGCCACCUUGAAGAAGUCCGGAAAAUCUCUACAUUUAGAGAUCUCAGCAAGUUCGUUGUCGGAUCAAGUCUGGUUGAACACUAUGCAGCCGCCUGGGCAGGCUUUUCGACAUGGGUGGGCGACGAGUUUGAGGAGCGCCUUCAGGAAGGCCGAGACGAAGACUUGCGCCAGUCAGUCCGAAAAUGGGGUGUUCCAAACGUCAAAGUAGGGUACCUUGGCGCACCGAGGGAGUUGAGGCGCCUUUCUCACAUGCGACAGGGGUACUGGCAGGAGCUCGAGAGCACAGACGUCGCUGAUAAAAGGUCUAGGGAAAGGGAACAGUCAAUGUCUACCACCUACUCUGAGUCCGAGGAGCCGGUAACGGGCUCUUCGGGCAGUGAUGCCUGGUCUGAUGAGUGGCCAGCGUACUGA